AUGCCCGUUACGAAGAAGAAGAUUUCUAAACUAGAAGCGGAAGCUGUAGUCCAAAGAGUUAUACCUUCUAGAAGAGGAAAAGAGCCUACUACAUCUUCCCGUAAAGGAAAGCAGAUAGCUAAUUCAAAGGAGAGUGACGAAUUUGAAACGUCUAGUGAGGAGGAUGAGACCGAAGGUGAAGCAGAAACCGAUAUUCCUCCUUCUCCCGUAACCCACGGAACUCAUCGGGUUUCUCCACCUAAAUCACUCGGUGCUCCUUCAAAGCCGAUACAGAUGAAGGAGAAGACUAUUCCUUUGUCAUCUUCUAACAAGAUGACUGUCAGAUGGCCUGUGCAGGAAGAAGAAGAAGAGGAGGAGGAAGAUGUCACCCCGCUCAUUAGCCGGAAGAGAUCCCGAUCUCCUGUUUCUUCCGAGGCUCAACCCCGCCCUUCUCAAGGAACUAAACUACGCAUGAAAUUUUGUCAUGAGAGUUCUGAGGGUCCAAGAGAUGCUCGUCUAUUGAAGAGAAUUAAGAAGACUGUCCAUCGACAACGUAAACUCCCCCCUUUAUCUGAAGAGGAGUUUACCCAAGACCUUCCGGUUGACGAAGGAGGUGGGCAAGAAGAAGAAGGAGAAAUUGUGCCCGAACCCUCAUCCCCUAGUUUAAUGGACUUUGAUGAAUCAAGUUUCACUCAAUAG